CGAGCUACUUCCGGCUGUGGAGCGCUAGUCGGAGCUAGUCAGAGGAGGUUUGUGCUGAGUUGGUCCUGCGAAAACAUUCUUUACUGCCGCGGGAUCGAGAUAUUCUCAACACCAGUAUGAAUGGCCAGCUGGACCUGAGCGGGAAGCUGAUCAUUAAGGCUCAGCUGGGCGAUGAUAUCCGCCGCAUCCCCAUCCACAAUGAGGACAUCACUUAUGACGAGCUCCUGCUCAUGAUGCAGCGUGUCUUCCGGGGCCAGCUCCAGAGCAGCGACGAGGUCACCAUCAAAUACAAGGACGAAGAUGAUGAUCUCAUCACUAUCUUUGACAGCUCUGACCUGUCCUUUGCCAUCCAGUGCAGCAGGAUAUUGAAACUCACUCUGUUUGUGAACGGCCAGCCGCGGCCGCUGGAGUCCUCGCAGGUGAAGCACCUGCGCAUGGAGCUCAUCCAGCUGCGGAACAAAAUCAACAGCCUGCUGGACAGCCUGGAGCCACCCUCAGAGCCAGCACUGGAGAACGCCAACCCGGACACAGAAUGCAUGGAGGCUGUGGACCCAGCAGGGAAACAGGCUCCUCCUGUCAGUGCGGCCAGCAUGUCUGCCUUCGACCCACUGAAGAACCAGGAGGAGGUUAGCAAGAAUGUCAUCUCAGCAUUUGGCCUAUCCGAUGAACCUGCUCCAGCUCCAGCAAUAGCUGCAGUGGAAGAGCGUUCCGGCACUCCUGACAGUAUUAACUCGUCCUCCUCAGCAGCCCACCCUCCUGCUGUGCCCCCUCAGGGUCCUCCCCCUUACUCAGGGGUCCAGCAGCCUCCUACUACUACCAUGGAUGGUCAGAUGUACCAGCAGUAUCAGGCUCCAGGUGGAUACCCCCCCCAACAGCCAGCCAACCCGCAGCAGCAGUACGGCAUGCAGUACCCUGCAGGUUAUACUCCGCAGCCUGGUGCUCCUCAAGCACCACCCCCUCAGCAGCAGUUCCAGAAUUAUGCCACCCCCACAUCUCAGGCUGCUGCUCCAGGCUCCGCCCCUGGAUUUAAUGCCCAAUCACAACCCCCCCCUCCACAAGCAGCAGGCCAGUAUCCACCAGGAGCAUUUCCACCUCAAAACUACACUUCCCAGGCCUCCCAGCAGCCAGCCAACUACAACUUGCCGCCCACUUCCCAGCCUGCCCCGGGGUAUCAGCCCCGUCCUGGAUACACCCCACCUCCUGGUGCAACCCCACCACCUGGGGGCUCUAACCCUUAUGCUCGAAACCGCCCCCCUUAUGGCCAGGGCUAUACCCAGCCAGGGCCCGGGUACCGGUAAAACGUGGCUAACAUACAAAUCCGGCUGCUCUGAUCUGCUCCAGCCCUCUGAGUACAACUCCUCAAACCUGAACACCCCAUAUUUGACAUUGUAGUAUGUGUGACCAUUGUAGGAGAGAGCAUGUGAAAGAGUGUGUGCGCGAAUGCCAAAAAAACCUAAAACACAUGGUGAGAAACUGAAUUUGUGUGGCUGCACAGAUGAGACCAAACUAGACUGGACAGCUGUGCAUGUAUAUGAUAGUUAUUCAGGUGUGUGUAAAUGUGUUUGUGUGAGUGCAGAUUUUAUUUCGUUAUGCGUCUUCUAGUUGGUGUUGAAUCAUAAGUUGGCUUUCUGUUAAAACACUAGAUAUCACAUCUGAAGGAAAUCAUGAUUGAGUUUUUUUUCCCUUGUUCUCUCACUUUUCUUCAUUUCCUUCUGUGGAUUUUUUUUCUGCUUGUUUGUGUUUUGUUUUGUUUUGGGUUUUUUUUUUUACUAAUCCAUGACUGGACAUGCUGUGUCGCAAGCCAUUCUGUAAAAACUGUAACAUUUGUUUUCUGGAGGUGAAUAAAGACUUUGAAACUAAAAAUCUAACAUAUUGUUUGUGGGUGUGAUGGAGAGUAAAAAAACUUUUACUUCUGA